AAUGGGAGGUGGCGACGGAGCGAGCGACGUCGGCGCGUUCUUCGCGCGAGGGCCUCCUUGAACUUUGACCUCGCGAGGCAACGGACGGCGAGGUCUCGGGUCCUCCUCCAUUCGCCUGUGAGUGAGGGGAGCGGCGGCACGAGGAGGCCUCUCCUUCCUUCCUAUUGCUUUCCCUUUGCCCGGCUCGCCUGCGAUGAGAGUGACCUCCUCCGGGCACGGACGCUGAGCCUCCCUCUUUCCUUCCUUCCCUGAGUCCCACCCCCGCUUCAGCCCAAGGCCUCGCCAGACCGAGCCCUCCUUCGCCUCCUUCCGCCCUGGGCGACGCGGAGCCGGCGAGACGCGGCCCUCAGCGGGACCCUCCUCGACAUGGCGAGCGCCUCGUACCACAUCUCCAACCUGCUGGAGAAAAUGACGUCGAGUGACAAGGACUUCAGGUUCAUGGCAACAAAUGACUUGAUGACUGAGCUACAGAAAGAUUCUAUCAAGCUAGAUGAUGACAGUGAAAGGAAGGUUGUGAAAAUGAUUUUGAAGUUGUUGGAAGAUAAAAAUGGUGAAGUGCAAAAUUUAGCUGUCAAAUGCCUCGGGCCAUUAGUGAGUAAAGUGAAAGAAUACCAAGUGGAGACGAUUGUAGAUACCCUUUGUACAAAUAUGCUUUCUGAUAAAGAGCAGCUUCGUGAUAUUUCAAGCAUUGGCCUUAAAACAGUCAUUGGAGAACUUCCUCCUGCUUCCAGUGGUUCUGCAUUAGCAGCUAAUGUUUGUAAAAAGAUCACUGGUCGUCUCACUAGUGCAAUUGCCAAGCAAGAAGAUGUAUCUGUUCAGUUAGAGGCCUUGGACAUUAUGGCUGAUAUGCUGAGCAGGCAAGGAGGACUGCUCGUUAACUUCCAUCCUUCUAUUCUGACCUGUCUGCUUCCUCAGCUGACUAGUCCAAGGCUUGCUGUGAGAAAAAGAACCAUCAUUGCUCUUGGUCAUCUUGUAAUGAGUUGUGGCAACAUAGUGUUUGUUGAUCUUAUUGAGCAUCUGUUGACAGAGCUUUCUAAAAAUGAUUCCAUGUCAACAACUAGGACCUAUAUACAGUGUAUUGCUGCCAUCAGUAGGCAAGCAGGUCAUAGAAUAGGUGAAUACCUGGAGAAAAUUAUACCUUUGGUAGUAAAAUUUUGCAAUAUAGAUGACGAUGAACUUCGAGAAUAUUGCAUUCAAGCAUUUGAAUCUUUUGUUAGGAGAUGUCCUAAAGAAGUUUAUCCUCAUGUCACUACUAUUAUAAACAUUUGUCUUAAGUACCUUACCUAUGAUCCCAAUUACAAUUAUGAUGAUGAGGAUGAAGAUGAGAAUGCUAUGGAUGCUGAUGGUGGAGAUGAUGAUGAUCAAGGGAGUGAUGAUGAAUAUAGUGAUGAUGAUGACAUGAGCUGGAAGGUUAGACGUGCAGCUGCAAAAUGCUUGGAUGCUGUAGUCAGUACCCGGCAUGAAAUGCUACCUGAGUUCUACAAGACAGUAUCUCCUGCUUUAAUUGGUAGAUUCAAGGAACGAGAGGAGAAUGUAAAAGCAGAUGUUUUCCAUGCCUACCUCUCUCUUUUGAAACAAACCCGACCUGUGCAGAGUUGGCUUUGUGAUCCUGAUGCAAUGGAACAAGGAGAGACGCCUUUAACAAUGCUCCAAAGUCAGGUUCCCAACAUCGUUAAAGCCUUGCACAAACAAAUGAAGGAAAAAAGUGUGAAGACUCGGCAGUGUUGUUUUAACAUGCUAACUGAAUUGGUCAAUGUUUUACCUGGUGCUCUCACGCAACAUGUUCCUGUACUUGUUCCAGGCAUAAUUUUUUCGCUGAAUGACAAAUCAAGUUCCUCUAAUCUGAAGAUAGAUGCUUUAUCGUGUUUGUAUGUGAUCCUCUGUAAUCACGCUCCCCAAGUUUUCCAUCCUCAUGUUCAGGCCUUGGUGCCUCCUGUUGUCGCAUGUGUUGGAGACCCAUUUUAUAAAAUAACAUCAGAAGCACUUCUGGUUACUCAACAGCUUGUGAAGGUCAUUCGCCCUCUGGAUCAGCCUUCUUCUUUUGAUGCCACUCCUUAUAUCAAAGAUUUGUUUACUUGUACAAUCAAGAGACUGAAAGCUGCUGAUAUUGAUCAGGAAGUAAAAGAGAGGGCAAUCUCCUGUAUGGGUCAAAUCAUUUGCAGUCUUGGUGACAAUCUUGGCUCUGAUUUACCUAGUACACUUCAGAUCUUCUUAGAGAGACUGAAAAAUGAGAUCACGCGGUUGACCACUGUGAAGGCUUUGACUCUUAUAGCUGGUUCUCCUCUGAAGAUAGAUCUAAGGCCAAUUCUAGGAGAAGGUGUUCCUAUUCUUGCAUCCUUCCUCAGAAAGAACCAGCGCGCUUUGAAACUUGGGACACUUGCUGCUUUAGACAUUUUAAUCAAAAACUACAGUGACAGUUUGACAGCUGCUAUGAUUGAUGCUGUCUUAGAUGAGCUUCCACCUCUUAUUAGUGAGAGUGAUAUGCAUGUCUCACAAAUGGCCAUCAGCUUUUUGACCACACUAGCUAAAGUUUAUCCUUCCUCUCUCUCGAAAAUCAGUGGGUCCAUACUGAAUGAACUUAUUGGGCUAGUGAGGUCACCACUUUUGCAGGGUGGAGCACUUAGUGCCAUGCUAGAAUUUUUCCAAGCUCUGGUUGUAACUGGAACAAGUAAUUUGGGAUAUAUGGACUUAUUGCGCAUGCUAACAGGGCCAGUGUAUUCUCAGAGUACAGCACUUACUCAUAAGCAGUCUUAUUAUUCCAUUGCCAAAUGUGUAGCUGCUCUUACCCGAGCAUGCCCCAAAGAGGGACCAGCAGUAGUAGGUCAGUUUAUUCAGGAUGUCAAGAACUCAAGAUCUACAGAUUCCAUUCGUCUUUUAGCUUUGCUUUCUCUUGGGGAAGUUGGACAUCAUAUUGACCUAAGUGGGCAAAUAGAGCUAAAAUCUGUGAUACUCGAAGCAUUCUCCUCUCCUAGCGAAGAAGUGAAGUCUGCAGCUUCUUAUGCAUUGGGCAGCAUCAGUGUCGGCAAUCUUCCUGAAUACCUUCCAUUUGUCUUACAAGAAAUAACCAGCCAGCCUAAAAGGCAAUACCUCCUGCUGCAUUCCUUGAAGGAGAUAAUUAGCUCUGCAUCAGUUCAAGGUCUAAAACCAUAUGUGGAGAACAUCUGGUCUUUGCUCCUGAAACACUGUGAGUGUGCAGAAGAGGGUACUAGGAAUGUUGUUGCUGAAUGCUUGGGGAAGCUUACAUUAAUAGACCCGGAAACUCUACUUCCACGUCUCAAAGGAUAUUUGGCAUCCGGAUCAUCAUAUGCUCGAAGUUCAGUAGUCACUGCUGUGAAGUUCACCAUUUCUGAUCAUCCUCAACCCAUAGAUCCUUUAUUAAAGAAUUGUAUAGGUGACUUUCUCAAAACAUUGGAAGAUCCAGAUCUUAACGUGAGACGAGUAGCUCUGGUAACAUUUAAUUCAGCGGCACACAAUAAGCCUUCACUUAUAAGGGACCUUCUAGAUACCGUGCUUCCACAUCUUUAUAACGAAACAAAAGUCCGAAAAGAGUUAAUAAGAGAGGUGGAAAUGGGACCUUUUAAGCAUACAGUUGAUGAUGGUCUUGAUAUUAGGAAGGCAGCUUUUGAAUGCAUGUACACUCUUCUGGAUAGUUGUCUGGAUAGACUAGACAUCUUUGAAUUCUUAAACCAUGUUGAAGAUGGCUUGAAGGAUCACUAUGAUAUUAAGAUGCUAACAUUUUUAAUGCUGGUAAGACUGUCUACGCUAUGUCCAAGUGCAGUAUUGCAGAGGCUGGAUAGACUGGUUGAACCUUUGAGAGCUACAUGUACAACUAAGGUAAAAGCAAAUUCUGUGAAACAGGAAUUUGAAAAGCAAGAUGAACUGAAGCGUUCUGCCAUGAGAGCCGUGGCGGCGUUAUUAACCAUUCCAGAAGCAGAAAAGAGUCCUCUGAUGAGCGAAUUUCAGUCACAAAUAAGCUCUAAUCCUGAGCUUGCCGCCAUUUUUGAAAGUAUCCAAAAAGAUUCAUCAUCUACUAAUUUGGAAUCAAUGGACACUAGUUAAACAUUUGUUCAAAACAGGGACCAUGAAUUUGAACCAUAUGAUGCACUGAAUUGACAAGUUUUUAAAAAAAGAAAGUAUCUAAACUUCACAAUGUUCAAAUUUACUUUUAUGGAGACCGUUUGGCUUUUUCCCAUUGUUGCUUUUGUAGCAUUUAUUCCAGAAUAUAUACUUCCAUAACUCAAAAGUUGUAAGCCACUCAUGUUUUAGUGGAUUUGGACACACAUUAAAUAGAAAUAAAAGGCAUUAAAAUGCAUGAUGUAUGGAAAUAGAUUCCAGCAUCCAUUUGCCCUGUAAUGUUUAGGAUUAAAAGUUUAAAAAUUUGUGACCCUGAUUUUUCUUUAUUAUUUUUUUCAUGAUAUAAGAAUACUGUUUUGUAUAACUUUCAUCUUUUUGUUUCAGCUACAUAAAAUGAUUUUGGCUGGCAGAUCAAAAGAAACUUUGUAAUCCUUAUUAUGCGGAGGACUUGCUCACCAUUUAAAAAUGCAGACACAAGUAAAUGUCCUUUUUAAAGAUGUGGGGGUAAAACGUUUCCUGUUGUUCACACUACUUUUGCAUGAACAAGUUUACAAAUAUAUGUUGUCUGUAAAACAGCAUGCGCAGUUUAUUCAUAAUUAAGGUCAAAUUUGUACUGUGGUUUCAAUGCAUAUCUAGGUAUUGUUUCUUUUCAGAGCAGACACAAUUAUUUGAGCGCUUGACUGUUUUGAGGCAAAACAGGGUCAUCCCAAACAUAGAAAUACACACAUUUUUUGUAGGUUAAAAAGAAAGAAUGUAUUUUUAAAUGUCCUAAAUUGCUUGGCAAGAACACGUGAGCUUUCAAGAGGCAUAGAAUAUUCAUGACUGUUGAGGCUCUAGAAAGGUAGGAAGAAAAGAGUCUCAAGACAUAAAAAGUAAGACACACCUUGCGCCUAUCAGUUGUUUGCACUAGUGAAGAGCUGAAAAAUGAAAGGAUAGGAUAUUCAUUGAAGAAGGGAAGAGAAAAUGCCAACAUAUUGAUUCAUUCCCCUUGCAGUUUAUAGGAAGCAUCCUAAAUAUUGGGAUAGGGAUCAGAGCUCAGGCAAUAUAUGCUCACUUCACUACGAAAAUUGAUCUGAAUAAAACUUCACAACUCCUAUUCCAGGGCUGCAGCCAUUCACAGAAAUUCGUUAGGGAUUGGGGUACUCAGAGCUAUUAUUAUAUUACAAGCCCCAUGCGUUCUAUCUUGGAUAAGGAUUUAAGAAAACGUGUUCUCUAUCCUGUUCCUUUUCCUCAUAAACCCCAUGUUUAGAAUCUAAAGGAUUGGUUGCCUAGAAAAACAGAUUUGACAGUAACAGGAGCAAAAUAUAAUAGUAGGCCAAAUAGAUAUCUGAGGGAAUAAGAAUCCAGAGAGGGACCUUGCAUUCUGCAUGUUAAUCUGCUAUUCUUAAGGAUAUUUCAAAUAUACACCAAUUAAUCUUGAAUGUUUGUGGAGAAAUUCCAUGUUUCCAGGAUGGGGGAGACAUUUCGCAACUUCUCAGAUUGGUGGGGCUUAUAUCUAUGCAAUUCAAAGCAAUAUUGGGGCAUAAAAUCCUGCCUUGUUCGAAUCAACGUAUAAUGUCUGUAUCUUGUCUUUAAAAACAGCCUGUACAAAAAGGUAAUGCAUCUUUAAUUUUAAGGUCAUGAUAUAUAGACCUUGCAGGUGUUAAUAUCGGUAUCUUUUUCUCUGUAUGUGUGUAAUGGAAAGUCGGCUUGAGAACACUGCUUCCAAGUAGAAAUGACACAGCAAAUGGUUUGUAGUUGUAUUAAUUUUAAUUAGAAACUGCGUAUGAAA